AUGAAUUUACCUCCUGUGGAAAUUUCUAAAGAUGAUUACCGAAAGGCGGCAGCACCAUAUGAUGAUGACCCAUUGGUUCUAGAGAUUAAGGUGGCUAAUCUUAGAGUGAAAAGAGUGCUGGUAGACACGGGGAGCUCGUCCGACAUAAUCAGUCUGCAUUGCCUGCAAAAGUUGAAGCACGAUGCCGGAGCAAUAGAGAAAGUAUUCAAACCCUUAGUAGGAUUUGGAGGAAGCGUCGUCCGCCCAAUUGGCUCCAUCUUGCUCCCAGUCUCCAUUGGCUACCCUCCAGUGACCAAGGAAGGUGUCAUUCGACUUACGAUUGUAGCAAGCCUCACCGCAUUCAAUAUCAUACUCGGCCGUCCAGCACUCAAUGACCUAAAAGCUGUGAUUGUUCCCCAUCUACUACUAGUUAAGUUCGUAGGAAGGAAUGGACGCAUCGGAUCUCUCUAUGGAAACCAACAGCUGGCCAGAGAUUGUUACUUAUCAAUGUUUGAACCACCAGCAUGGGGAGCCUCUCCAAAGAAAAACGAACAGUUGAAACCACUGACAAGCCAGCGUAAACUCCGAGAAACACCUACGGCACAUAGUGCGGACAGACGCCCUAAGCCUGUAGGAGCACACUAUGAUAUAGUUCUAGACCUAGCGGACCCAUCCCGAACAGUCCCCAUUGGAGUCCCUCUUGUCGACCCCAUGGCAGCGGCACUAGUACAACUACUUCGAGAGUACAAAGAAAUAUUUUCCUUCACGGUAGAGGAAAUGCCAGGCAUUGAUCCGGCGGUAGCCGUGCACAAGCUGAAUGUAGAUAGCACUAUGAAACCAGUGCGACAGAAGAAAAGGAAUCAUGGGGAAGCAAGAAAUUUAGCCGUUGUCGCUGAAGUACAGAAGUUAAUGGACGCAGGCUUCAUACGUCCAUGUCAGUACCCAGACUGGGUAGCCAAUGUGGUCCUGGUACCUAAGCCCAAUGGGACGUGGAGGAUGUGUGUCGACUAUACUGAUUUAAAUAAAGCCUGCCCCAAAGACAGUUUCCCACUACCAAAGAUAGAUCGACUCGUCGACUCAACGGCAGGGCACGCCAUGAUGAGCUUCAUGGACGCUUACUCCGGAUUUCAUCAGAUCCCUUUGUGGCCCGAGGACCAGGAGAAGACCUCAUUUGUCACAGAGCAAGGUUUGUACUGCUACAAAGCCAUGUCGUUCGGUCUAAAAAAUGCUCCAGCCACCUUUCAACGACUGGUGAACACGCAAAAGAUGGAUCACCUCGGCGAUUUGCGGGAGACCUCUGAGACCCUUCGGGCUUACCAAAUGAGACUCAAUCCUAAGAAAUGCAUUUUCGGAGUCUCUUCCGGCAAAUUCCUUGGAUUUUUGAUUGAUGAGAGUGGUAUUGAGGCCAAUCCUGACAAGUACCAUCAAAAAGGGUACCCAGUUUUAAUGGACGCCACAGGCAGAAGCCGCCUUCCUACGUUUGAAAGAGCAUCUACACACUCUGCCACGGCUAGUCAGCCCUCUCUCAGGGAAGGUUCUGUGCCUCUACCUUGCCAUCUCAGACUACGCUCUAAGCGCCGUCCUACUUACAGAGAGGGAUGGGAUGCAACUACCUGUCUAUUUCGUCAGCCAAAUCUUGCAGAAUGCAGAACUUAA